AUGGUGCUCCUUAAGAUGAAGGAGACGGCAGAGGCCUACCUUGGUUCCAAGAUCAACGACGCGGUCGUGACGGUGCCCGCGUACUUCAACGACUCGCAGCGUCAGGCCACCAAGGAUGCAGGCACAAGGGCCGAGCGUCAUCAGAAUGCCAUGGACUAUCCUUGCCUAUCGUAG